AUGGCAUCACGCAAAUAUGUCAACAAACUAAGCGGGCAAAACGUCCUCAUUCUCGGAGGAACCUCCGGAAUCGGUUUCUGCGUGGCAGAGGCGGCGCUUGAAAAUGGCGCCAAUGUCGUCAUCUCUAGCUCAAGUUCCGCCAAACUCGAGCGAGCGACUCAAAGACUUCGGGAAGCAUACACUGAUCUCAUGUCCACACAACGUGUCUCUGGAUAUGUUUGUGACCUAGCCAACACGAAUGACUUGGAAGAGAACAUACGCCGUGUCCUCGAUGAAGCGACCGCGACUGAGGGAGGAAAGCUCAAAUUGAACCACGUCGUUUUCACUGCCGGGGAUGCACUUUCAAUUAUCCCCUUGGAAAAUACCUCUAUUGAAGCUAUUCAAGCAUCCGGUGUUGUGCGGUUUGUCGCGCCACAGAUCCUGGCCAAAUUGCUCCCAAAAUAUAUGGAACCCUCCCCUGUCAACUCGUUUACUUUGACCGGAGGGUCUGUUGCACACCGCCCUACUUCCGGGUGGUCUGUCGUGUCCGGCUACGCAUCGGGAGCUGAAGGACUUGCGCGUGGACUGGCACUGGAAUUGAAGCCUUUGCGAGUCAACAUGGUGAUGCCAGGUCUGGUACAUACCGAGCUGUUCUCUGGGUUCCCAGAUGAGGCCGUUCAAGCGCUUUUGAAACACUCACGGGAGAAGAACUUGACCGGGACUGUUGGCCGCCCGGAGGAUCUUGCAGAGAGCUACAUUUAUCUCAUGAAGGAUCAGUAUAUCACUGGCUCUAUUGUGGCAUCGAAUGGGGGUGGAUUGCUGGUGUAA